AUGCGUCAGGAGGAAGCCGCAAAGUCAUGGUCUUGCACUGUGUUGGGUGUUGUCAACAUCUCGGGAGGGAAAGACGCCAGCUGGAACCUUGAGGAAUGGGUUGGAAAGGGUCAAGUAGCCUUGACGGAGCAAUCAUGGAACGGGGUUUUUGUGAUAUCAUCAAGUCUGUAUUACCUAGCAUCGAAACCUCUUCUGCUGGAUCCACUGUGCAUCAUUCUGUACUCAUCCCCUCGGGACGACCGUCUGUCCAAUCCAUUCAAGUCGGAAGGUACCUUAGCGGAGACGAUAACAUCUCAAGACAAACAACCCAUCACACCACCUUUGCGAUUUCUUACAGAUCAAACUCGGGUCAAUCAGGGACCAAUAAUGUUGGUCAACUCGACAAGAUCAAGGAGACAGUGGUCACUGCUGAGGGAUUGCGAAAUUGGAGCUACGAGGAGGAUAUCGAAUGUUACCCAAUCCGAACUUGAAAAGAUGAGAAUCGAGUUCAAGCUCGCCAUUGAAGAUCAACAAGUGACAAAGAUCAAGCUCGAAGCGAGAACGAAUGAGCUUGUGAAAAUCGAACAACAGACUGGGAAAUUUUGGCACUAA